AGAGGAAUAUAUAUCAAAUUCAACUGAGACUGCUAACUUUUCAGGCACAAGUGAUUAAUUUGAAGAAAACGAUAGCUAAUUAACUCUGAGGCAGAUGGAAUGGAAGAAGUGUUAUUUGGAUGUGAUAUUGGUGCCCUUAGGAUUUCUUUUGAGUAUUGCUUACCAUUUAUGGCUGUGGCACACUGUUCGAACUCAUCCUCACAAAACUAUCAUUGGCAUCAAUGCUACUGGUCGACGGAAUUGGGUUGCAGCGAUGAUCAAGGACAAUGACAAAAAGAACAUCCUCGCUGUUCAGUCACUUCGAAACACAAUCAUGGGUGCGACCCUAAUGGCCACAACCUCAAUUCUCCUAUGCUCAGGCCUUGCAGCAAUCGUAAGCAGCAGCUACAGUGUGAAAAAGCCACUUGAGGACACUGUUUAUGGGGGUCAUGGGGAGUUCAUGGUGUCACUCAAAUAUGUCACUCUUCUCUCUAUUUUCCUCUUCUCUUUCUUUUGCCACUCCUUGUCCAUAAGGUUCAUAAACCAAGUUAACAUCCUAAUCAAUACCCCCCAGGACCCCAUGUCCUUGGUGACCCCUGAAUAUGUGAAUGAGAUAUUGGAGAGAGGCUUCAUUCUAAACACUGUUGGAAACAGACUCUUCUAUGCAGCACUUCCUCUCCUGCUAUGGAUAUUUGGCCCCGUCUUGGUCUUCUUGUGCUUUCUCACUAUGGUUCCUGUGCUCUACAAUCUUGACUUUGUGGUUACCAGUGCUAAGGGAAAGAUGGAUGAGAAUGAGAAUAGAGAUUUUGUAUGAGUUAGUUAUGUGUUAAAUAAAAAUUGAAGUUAUAGUACAUUGUAAUAUUUCAAUGAUCAGAAACAUGUAUGCAUGUUCUACUUCUACCCAUUUAACAAGGGAUUUUGACUGUUCAAUAUAAUGUGGGUCGUGUGAAUGCAUAUCUUGUAUAAUUCCC